CACACAUGGUCGACAGAUCUAUUUGCAGAGCGAGCUGCAGUGAGAAGCUUUGUCCUCCUCGGGGUUUUCGAGCUCGUGUUUGCUUCGCCCUCCAAAUUCGUUAACGGUGAACAAUGUAGCAGCCGACGACGGCGACGUUUCAUCACCCAGAGGACAUUUAAAACGAACCCCCACCGGGACCGCUCGUUGAACGGAUGUUAAAUCUCAUAAUUUAAUUGGAGGUCAUUUAAACCUGAACUCCCCCUUCUCAUUGGGAUCUAGAAAACAAAAUAUUUGAUUCGUGCAUAUUUUUUUAUCGGACAAAACUAACCGCAAUGUAACGGCAUUUUUUAGAGUGGUAAGCGGUCUUUCUACGAGUGGGUGUCCGUUGUUUUUCGGCUGAGAUGUGAGAAGAGUUGUCGUGAUUUCUGCUGCAGUCCGGCUGUUUUAGCCUACAUCGGCUGUAUAUAAGGAACAAUAGCCUCCAAUCUGUGGAUGAACAGGGAGUUUGGUGGUGCCGCCGCUAGGUUUCUAAGGAGAAGUGUUCACAUUGCAAAAUGAGACUUGGCUACAUUCACACAUAGUUUGGAGCAGAAUAUGGAUUUUUUUUCUGUCGUCCUGGCUAAGAGUUGGGAAUGCGGUAAUGGAGAACCGGAAUAAUCCAAUAUAGCCUAACCGCUCGUGGCUGGAAGAAACGAAUAGACCCGUGGGAACGAGAAUGUUGUGGCGGUCCUGGAAAUUGUAGCCUGCAACACGGUAAAUCAAUCAACGACCGACUGAGUAAACUAAUUAUUGCUGAUUUGACCGUGGCGUCGGUCGAUGGUAGCCUACCCUAGAACAAACCGCCAAUAAUAAUCGAUAAUCGAUAUUUGUAUUGAUGACGGAAUCACAUCGAUGAUAACAACCCACUCGGCGCACUACACUUCUCCACGUUCAGACGAGAAUCAUAGCCUGUGCGUGGGCGUUGUAAGCAGUGUUGUUGACCGAAGAGGACACAUAUUUCGGGCUGACAGAUUGGCAGUGACACCGGCGGGUCUGUGCGUGUGAGAGGAUGGCAGCGGUAGUAAACUACUCUCCCCCGUGGUGGGUCAACCUGCUCCACCGCCUCCCCCACUUCAACCUGCAGUUUGAGACGGUCAGCAGCGACUUCAGACCCGAGGACUCAGAGUACCAGAAGUCGGUGCUGUUGCUAGGCGGAAUAGCGUUGGUGUGUCUGGCUCUGGACCUCCUCUUCCUCCUCUUCUACUCUUUCUGGCUGUGCUGCCGACGACGCAAGACCCAUGACGACACACGUUCUCACUCACACACACACCAGCCCCCCAAUCCUGACUGCUGUUGUACAGCCUGGUGUGUCAUCAUCGCCACGCUCGUCUGCAGUGCCGGCAUCGCCGUGGGUUUCUAUGGAAAUGGGGAGUCAUGUGAUGGAGCCAACCGCCUGGCGUAUUCUCUACGGCACGCCAACCGCACCGUGGCAGGGGUCGACAAACUGGUGACGGACAGUGCCCUGUCUCUGAACCAGACAGUGGAGGGAGGUCUGGUCCAGUUGGAGACGGUCUACUCUGACCAGACUGACUACAUGUCCAUCGUCCAGAAGCUCCAGGGUCAGCUGGAUGAGCUGGUCAGACUCAUGGUGGACAUCCCUUUCUGGAGUAACUCUGAGAUCUCCCUAGAAGACCUGGCCUUCAAGACGGAAGCCUUCGACUGGUACAGGUGGCUGGUAUACCUGACUCUGCUGCUGUUUGAUGUUCUGAUCUGUCUGCUGGUUCUGUUCGGACUGAUACGCAACUCUAAAGGCACUCUGAUUGGGGUGUGUUUGUUGGGUGUUCUGACUCUCAUCAUCAGCUGGGGGUCUCUGGGACUGGAGCUGGCAGCUGCUGCGACGGCCAGCGACUUCUGUGUUUCCCCGGAUACCUACAUCACCAGGGUAACCAAGGAGAACGCUGUCAUCAACCAAGGUAGGGGAAUGAGGGAAGGACAAAGCUGGAUGGAAGGAGUUGGAGAAAUGUGGGAACAGAAGGGGGGAAGAGGAGAGGCAGGGAAAAGAAGGGACUGAAAGAUAGAUAGAACAACUACAGGAACAACU